AGAGAAAUUUUUUAUCAUGUCAUAGUCCGCAAUUAAAGCUAUGUAUUCAAUAUUUUCGUCCUGUUUUCUACAGUGCUGUCCACAGGGAACCAUAUUUUUUGUGCCAAUAUUUCGGCCAAGCAGGCCAGCAUAUAACGAUGAUGAGUUUGAAAAGUACGAGCCUCGGCCGAAAAUUGUCAUCGACAAACAAGACUUUUCUCCCGUCAAAUCCUAUCAAUACGAGGGACAUGUGGGAACAGAAAACCUGGAACCACAUCUUCGAGUUGGUGCGCAGUACAACCAUCAGAAGAAGGUGGUUAUCGUCAAAGUGAUGUCAUUGCAUUCGUGCGAUUUGACUGCUGAUGAUGUUUCACAGAUACGAAUCUCGUAUGGCAAUGUUCGAGCUAAACAGCAAACAGCGGUAGUUAGAGGUGAAAACCCAGCCUUCAACCAAACGUUUUCCUUCACAGAUGUUGGGAAAGAUGAAUUUCAAACAUCUUCGCUUCGGUUUCGUGUCUACUCGCGAAGCGGCAUGUCGAGAAUGAAUUUGAGAGCUGAAGGAAGUUUGGAGAGUUCAAAGAUAGCUAGAGAAAGUCCCACAAUCAGCUCAGUUAAACUGACUAAGAUUAACACUAUCAAAUCGGAAGUGCCACCGUCUGGACUUUCGCCGACAAUGCAUCGAGUUUCGAAUGGUAGCGUUGCCUCAGGCGAUAGUCGACGAAACAGUAUGGUCGACGCAUGUGGACGAUUUUGCAGUCAGCCCACUAAUGGGGCCCCGGAGCUGCUAAUCGCAUUAUGCUACGAUACCGAUCAUGGAUGUUUAACGGUUGGUAUCGAACGAGGAUCGUCACUUGGAGAUAAAUGCAGACCACCAGACACUUUCAUCAAGAUUGUCGCCUUGGGAGAAUUCGGAAAUGAACUUUGGCGCCAGAAAACUGAACUAGUCAAAGGUACAUCGGAACCACAAUAUGACCAUUCAGCUAGUAUCCAGCUACAUCGUCCCGAUCUGGACGUAUGUACGGUACGAAUCGAAGUGUGGAGCUCUGUAGGUGUGCUGAGGCGCCGACAAUUGCUAGGAUGGUUGGCUUUGGGCUUAAAUUCCAGCUCACCUGAUGCGCAAGAGCAUUGGGAGCAAAUGAUACAAGGCACCGGCAUUACCGUGACGAAGUGGCACCCCGUGCAUCCACCCGAGUAAUAAGAAAAAAACUUACGGACGCUCUAAAGCCGAGUAUUUUUCAUGCAUUCCAAAACUUAGCAUGAGAUAUGCGUGCCUGUCCAUAUAUACAGAGCUUAAUCUUUGCAAAUUCAUAGAAUCCGAUCCUUCUAUUCUCUUUGUAACAUAUUGAAGGACCUCAAUCUUCACAUAGAAUAGGUUCUCACAUUGUUCUCGAAAUUUCCAUUUGCACUAAUUUUACUUCACCAAAGCAAAAAAAAUUUGAUUUUGAAGUUGAGAUAGGUCCACUGCAUUUGAGCCGCCGCUGCACAUGCGCUGCGAUAAUUCUGGGAUUUAUGGCUGGCCUAGCCGCUUUCCAUAUAUUGAUGAUAUUGCUUUUGUUGAUGUCUGUAUGCAUGUUGAUAUUUUUCUGUUUAGUCUCGAGAAUUUGCUAGUGUCCGCUGUUCGAAAUCAUUCGUCAUACGUGUG